AAAUUUGACAACAUCAACUUGCCUCUUGGCACGUCCACGCGAUUACUUUCGGUAUUUGUUGUCCGUCGGAAUUUAUUUAAUUUAGCAAUUUAUUGCUAUUUAAUUAUUAAUUUCAUACAAUUGACUAAUAAAAUUGAUCAACAAUGAGUACAAUUUUAGAAAAAAUCUCAGCCAUUGAGUCUGAGAUGGCUCGGACGCAAAAAAAUAAAAAUACCUCUGCUCAUUUGGGUUUGCUGAAAGCAAAAUUGGCCAAAUUGCGACGAGAACUUAUUACACCAAAAGGAGGUGGCGGUUCAACUGGCGAAGGUUUCGAAGUUGCAAAGACCGGAGAUGCCCGAGUUGGUUUUGUCGGUUUUCCUUCCGUGGGUAAAUCGACUUUGUUGUCCAACUUGGCUGGAGUGUAUUCGGAAGUUGCAGCCUACGAGUUCACAACGUUGACAACGGUUCCUGGAUGCAUCAAAUACAAGGGCGCAAAGAUUCAACUUUUGGAUUUGCCUGGAAUCAUUGAAGGUGCCAAAGAUGGUAAGGGUCGUGGUCGUCAAGUUAUUGCCGUGGCACGAACUUGCAAUCUUAUCUUCAUGGUGUUGGAUGUUCUAAAACCUCUGGGACAUAAAAAACUUCUAGAGCAUGAAUUGGAAGGUUUUGGAAUCCGUCUGAACAAAAAACCACCAAACAUUUACUUUAGAAAGAAGGACAAAGGUGGUGUUAACUUUAAUUGCAUGGUGCCACAAUCCGAGUUGGAUGCUGAUUUAGUAAAAACAAUUUUAUCCGAAUACAAAAUUCACAAUGCCGAUAUUACUCUACGUUACGAUGCUACUAGUGACGAUUUAAUUGAUGUCAUUGAAGGAAAUCGUAUCUAUAUCCCGUGCAUUUAUCUCUUGAAUAAGAUUGAUCAGAUUUCAAUUGAGGAACUCGAUGUUAUCUAUAAAAUUCCUCAUUGUGUCCCAAUUUCUGCACAUCAUCGAUGGAAUUUCGAUGAUUUAUUGGAACUUAUGUGGGAAUAUUUGAGACUUGUUCGAAUCUAUACAAAACCGAAAGGACAACUGCCUGACUAUACUUCACCAAUUGUCUUGCACAAUGAGAGAACUUCAAUUGAAGAUUUUUGUAACAAAUUGCAUCGUACUAUUGCGAAAGAAUUUAAAUACGCUCUUGUGUGGGGAUCAUCGGUGAAACAUCAACCUCAAAAGGUUGGAAUUGAACAUGUUCUAAACGAUGAAGAUGUCGUACAGAUUGUGAAGAAAGUUUAAUUUUUUUUUCUAUUAUAAAUAAAUAUUUUUUUUUAUAAAACACAAAAAUUUGCAAGAAUUACAACUUAUCUAUCAAUCGCUUAAACAUCUUUUUGAAUUUAUAAACAAUUUUAUUUGAGUAAGUUAAAAUUGUAUAUCGAUCUAAAAUUCUAUAAAAAUAAAGAUAAGUUUUUCUUUAGCUCAGAGAA